AGAGACCAUGCAGGUGCUCCCUCUCGGCCCUGGCCGUGAUACCAUACCCGGCCUUACAUUCGAAAGCGAAGUUUGAUGAGGAAUACCAGGAAUUCCUUGAGAUUUCAGACCUGGUGCUUUUUUGCACUCAGCAUACCAGGUGCUUUUGGCUUUGGCGAAUCUCAAAAGUUUCUGGUAGUUUCAUCUCCAGCAACUGGACACGUGGCCUACUUGAAGCUACCUUCUGAUGGAUCGCCAGCUACAGCAACUGGGCAGGCUAUGAAGACGCUGAUUUCUUCAGAGCUAGUCUUCCCACAGGGAAUUGCCAUUGAUGAUCACAGGGGACGGCUAUUUGUGGCGGACCCGAACAAAACAGGGUUGGUCAUGUACUCUAUUUCAUCCAACGGUGAUACGCUUUCUGUUGGCAGCCCAAAGAUUGUUGCAUCAGGUGUACAAACUCGUGCGGUUGCUGUCGAUGCACUCGGCAAUGCGGUUUUCUCGGAUGAACCCACCAACCGGCUGAUGAGAGUUUCUGCACAGAUGAUCAACGAAGGCAAAACAACGCCAGAGGUGCUUUACGAUGGAGCUUCCGUGUCAUCGGUCAAGUCACCAGGAGGCGUUGCCUCCGACAACUACUUUGUAUACUGGCUGAACAAGGCUGGCACUGCCCAGGCUGGCACCUUGAACAGAGGGUUGCAGUAUGGGACAGCCCAGAGCUUGUUGAAUGCAUCGAAGGGAAUUCAGAUGUUGGCCAACAAUGCCCUGAAGUGCUACGGAGUCUGUCUCGCAGCAGGACACAUCUUCUAUACAGACGAGGCGUCCAAUCUGUACGGAAUCAACCGAGCUGCGACGUCUCGCCAUGUCGUUACUACGAUCUCAUCACAACUACAGGCUCCACGUGGAUGCGUGCACGAUGGUGCGGGAACGGUCUAUGUCGCUGACAAAUCGCAGAAUGCGGUCUUCUAUUUUGCGUCCAACAUGCAGAUGCUGGAACCAAAUAGACCUUUGGUCAAGGCUGCAGAGCUUCAGGGGGCAUUUGGUUUGGCCAUGUUCGAUGCGGGCUACCGAAGUCCUGGCUUGCUUCGGUGAGCAUAAUUCAGCGCCUGCUUUGGAAUGUUUCACUGCAAAUUCCGGAAAAAGCCCUGCGUUC